UGUUGAUGUUUGUCCGUCACCGAAAGGUUGGUUAGCAGCCUGAGAGCACCUAGCUGAAGGUCGGAGUUCACCGGAGACAUCUCGAUCAAUUCCAGCACUUGUGGCACGUAAACCUUCAAGACAGAGUUCUUCAGCUAAUGCUAGCGAAGGUUGCCUUUUAAAAGAAUGACCAGCUUCGCAAAUGACAGAAAAACAGCCAAAAAUCGAAGUGAGUGCUCUGACAGAGUAUGAGCUUCAACAGUUAUACAAGGCUUUGUUGAUCGCCUCAUGCCGGUUAGAUCCCCGAGACCCAAUACAGUUCUUGAAAAACACCCUGAUCACCUUCCAGGGACAUGACAAUCUGCAGAAUGUGGACUGGAACAAAUUUCUUAGUGACAGUGCGCAGCGGUCAGUGCUUGCCUCUCUGGAACUGGAUGACACAGAAUAUAUGGACUCCGAUGAACUCAAGGCUAUUUUCCGCAAAUACGAGAAUGCCUACUCCUGUUACAGGAGCAAAUUGACAAGCUCGUGUUUUAGGAGCUGGAGGAAUUUCACAAUUGCCAGCGUGACAGAUGCCACCGAACUGUCUCAAAAGAUGGAAAUUGCAAUCGUGCAUUACGACAGGCGAAAACAGGAGGUGCCUUUCCUUGCAUGGAUGUACUGGGUCAAGUUCAAGAAGGAGUCACGAGUUGAGGCGGUGCGCAAGUUGGUGGGAGUUCUGAAGGCCUGCAUCCUCAAACGCAUCAUAACCGCAUGGAAGAAUGUUGUGAAGGAGUCGCAGAGGACCAAAGAUUACUUUAAGAGGCUGCAGAAUGAACUGGAGAUGGAGCGCCAGCAAAGCCAGAUCGGGGAGGGAUGUGACUGGCUCUCAGCCUUGCCCAACCACAUCUCACUUAAGAUCUUCGAAUAUAUGGAACUACGAGACUUGCUGAGCUGUUCGGAAGUGUGCUGCAGUUGGAGAAGUCUCAUCCAUUCGGGCACUUUGUGGAGUAAGAUCAAUGUCUCAGUGGAUAAGCGCUGGAUAACAAACGACAUUAUGAAGGAUGUCCUGCUGAAUUUCCGUCCAUUUGUGAUCCACCUGAAUCUGCGCGGCUGCACCUCCUUAGAAUGGUCCAGUUUGAAACAUAUUGGCGAAUGCAGAAAUCUCCAAGAGCUCAACGUGUCCGAGUGUUUUAAUAUCACGGAUGCCAUGAUUGAGUCAAUCGUGGGGGGCUGUAACUCCUUGCUCUACCUGAACCUUUCCAGCACCCUCUUGACAGAUGCCACCCUCAGAGAGCUGGCCAGGCACUGCAUCAACCUCCAGUACCUGAGCUUGGCCUACUGCCACAAAAUGACAGAUGAAGGAUUUCAGUACCUGAGCUUGGGAAGAGGGUGCCACAAUCUCCUGCACCUAGACCUGUCCGGCUGUUCCCAGGUGACGGCGACGGGCUUCGGUUACAUCUCGGACGCGUGCCCUUAUCUCAGGGAGGUUUUGCUCAACGACGUGUACGGCCUGUCAGACAACUGCAUCUCUGCCCUGAUGGCUAAAUGCCACUGUUUGUCCUCCAUCUCUCUACUGGAGGCGUGGAAACUCUCCGACGCUGGCAUCAAAGCCAUCGCCGAAGUCGCCAAAUUGAAGAGUUUCAGCUUGGAGUGUAACAACCACGUGAGCCACCUGAGUUGGAAGGCGCUGUGCUGCGGCUCGCGUGGCCUCCGCAGGCUGCACAUCGUCCACUGCCACAAGAUGGGCGACACCGCCCUCAAGUCGGUGGCCACCCUCCGGAACUUGCACUACCUGGACAUCUCGCUUUGUAGCAAAGUGACGGAUAAGGGACUCUUCACCCUGGCUGAGAGCCCCUCGGCCAACAAACUGCGAGAGCUCAAUGUGAGUUACUGCUGUCAGAUCACUGACGCGGCCAUCAGCGUCAUUGGUCACAGGUUUACCAGGCUGUCCCAUCUGAACCUGAGCUACUGCGAGCAGCUUACCGACGCCGCUCUGGAGUGUCUGAUGGGCAGCUCCAUCACCUCUCUGGACAUCAGCGGCUGUAACAUUCAAGACGAUGGCUUGGCGGCGCUCGAGGAGGUUCCCUUGAAAAAGUUGAUUCUUGGCGAAUGCAUCAACAUCACUGAUGUUGGUAUGGAGAAUUUGUGCAAGUAUGUGACCGAUCUGGAGUACGUGGACGUGUCAGGCUGUUCAGAACUGUCCGACCAGGCCAUCAAAGCUUUUUCAUUUUACUGCAGAGGUCUGUUCACGCUGCGGAUGGCAGGCUGUCCAAAGAUGACCGACAUGGCAAUGCAGUGCCUUUCACACGGAGCAGCCCAGUACCUGCGAGAGCUGGACGUAAGCGGAUGCACACUCACUGAUCGCGCCAUCAGAUACAUCGAGAGGCUCUGCCCGCCGCUCUCGUCGAUCACAAUGCACGGGUGCAACCGCAUCUCAGAGGAGGCCGCCAUGAGGCUGCAGCCAUAUGUGCAGCACUGGGAGUACAGCAACGAACAAACCAAAUUGUGGCUUCGAUAAAGCAAUCUGCACAGAGGAUGUCAUCUGGGCAUUGACAGUCACACCAGUGAAGCUUCAAUGGAACUCAGUAACGCGCAGACCUCCGCCAAGGACCAAGUAUUCAAAAUUUGGCUCUCCGUAGUUAUCCACCUCCUCCAUAGACAAUAAUUUUGUCAUUUCAGCCCCCUUGAAUGGAUGAAAGCAUUGCCGUCCAAUGAAGAAUGUUAAACAUUGUUUUGGGGCAUUGCCAUUGUACGAAGGAUAAAAUGUUGGACGAAGGGAUUAGAUAAAGAGUGAACAAGGUCUUGAAGCCACAACCCUGAGGUUAAAAGUCUCAUGCUCUACCAACUGACCGAGCCAGGUUACUGAAUGCUUUAAAACUGAGUUUUUCAUUAGAUAGUGAUGGAGUAAAUGAAUUUUCAAGGGAUGAAGUAAAUCAUUACACUCAACAUGGGGCUCAAACCCAUGACCCUGAGAUUAAGAGUCUUAUGCUCUACCAACUGUUUUGAAACUUAACCUUUCAUUGGAUAGUUAUGGAGAGAAUAAAACAAUCAGAUCCCGUGCGGGAUUAACUCAUGAUGCCAAAUGUGUGGUUCGAACCGACGACCCUGAGAUAAAGAGUCUCGUGCUCAACCAACUGUUUUGUAAUUUGACUUUUCUUGGAUCGUUAUGGAGAGUGUAACAAUCAGAUCCCGGACGGAAUUAAAUAAAUCAUGACACCAAAAGUGGGGCUUGAACCCACGACCCUGAGGAAAAGAUUCCCAUGCUCUACCGACGGAGCUUGCCGGGAUAUGAGAUGCUUUGCAAUUUAACUUUUCAUUGGAUAGUGAUGGAGAAUGAAACGGAUCCGCACGGGAUUAAAUAAAUCAUUACGCCCAACGCGCAGUUUGAACCCAUGACCCUGAGAUUAAGAUUCUCAUGCUCUACCAACUGUUUUGAAAUUGAACUUUUCAUUGGAUAGUUCUGUGAAGUGAAACAAUCAGAUUCCGCACGGAAUUAAAUAAAGCAUUACACCCAAUGUGGAGAUUGAACCCACGAUCCUAAGAUUAAGAGUCUCAUGCUCUACCGACUGAGCUAGUUGGGCUACAUGCUACUUUCCAAUUUAACUUUUCAUUGGGCAGUUAUGGAGCAUGAAUAACGAAUUUUAACUUUCCAUUGGAUAUUUAUGGAGAGAGUGUAACAAUCAGAUCCCACAUGGGAUUAAAUCAUGCCAAAUGUGGGGUUCGAACCCACGACCCAGAGAUUAAGAGUCUCAAAAUGUACCGACUGAGCUAGCUGGACUACAUUCUGCUUUGCAAUUUAACUUUUCAUUGGACAGUUAUGGAGAAUGAACAAACCUACCAACCAUUUUAUAGUUAUGGAGAGAGUGUAACAAUCAGACCCCACGUGGGAUUAAAUCAUGCCAAAUGUGGGGUUCGAACCCACGACCCAGAGAUGAAGAGUCUCAUGCUCUACCAACUUUUCAUUGGAUAGUUAUGGAGAGUGAAACAAUCAGAUUCCGCACAGAAUUAAAUAAAUUAUUAUGCCCAACGUGGUGCUUAAACCCACGACCCUAAAAUUUAGAGUCUCAUGCUCUACCAACAGUUUUGCAAUUUUUUAUUCGAUAUUUAUGGCGAGAAUGAAACAAUCAUAUCGUGCAUUGGCAUUAAAUCAUUACGCCCAACAUAGCGUUUGGAUGCACAACCCUGAGAUUAAGAGUCUCAUGCUCAAGCAACUGUCUUGAAAUUUAACUUUUCAUUGGAUAGUUAUGGAGAGAAUGAAACAAUGAGAUCCCGCACAGGAUUAAAUGAAUAAUUACACCCAACGUGGGGCUUGAACCCACAACCCUGAGAUUAAGAGCCUCAUGCUCUACCGACUGAGCUAGCUGGGCUACAUGCUGCUUUGCAACUUAACUUUUCAUUGGAUAGUAAUGGAGAAUGAAUCCGCACCAUUAAAUCAUUACGCCCAACGUGGGGUUCGAACCCACGACCCUGAGAUUAAGAUUCUCAAGAUCUACCAACUGUUUUGCAAUUUAACUUUUCAUUGCAUAGUUAUGGUGAGAGUGUAACAAUCAGAUGCCGCACGAAAUGAAAUCAUUACGCCCAACGUGGGGUUCGAACCCACGACCCUGAGAUGAAGAGUCUCAUGCUCGAGCAACUGUCUUGAAACGUAACUUUUCAUUGGAUAGUUGUGGAGAGUGAAACAAUCAGUUUCCGCACGGAAUUAAAUAAAGCAUUAUGCCCAACGUGGGGCUUGAACCCACGACCCUGAAAUUAAGAGUCUCAUGCUCUACCGACUGAGCUAGCUGGGCUACAUGCUGCUUUGCAAUUUAACUUUUCAUUGGACAGUUAUGGAGAAUGAACGCACGGGAUUAAAUCAUUAAACCCAACGUCGGGUUCGAACCCACGACCGUGAGAUUAGUCUCAUGCUCGACCAACUGUUUUGAAAUGUAACUUUUCAUUGGAUAGUUAUGGAGAGAAUGAAACAAUCAGAUCCCACACGGGAUUCAAUAAAUUAUGACGCCCAACGUGGGGUUUGAACCCACGACCCCGAGAUUAAGAGUCAUGCUCUACCAAUUGUUUUGCAAUUUAACUUUUAAUGGGAUAGUUUUGGAGAGUGUAACAAUCAGAUCCCGCACGGAAUUAAAUAAUUACGCCCAACGUGGAGUUCGAAACCACGACCCUGAGAUUAAGAGUCAUACUCUACCAACUGUUUUACAACUUCAUUGGAUAGUUAUGGAGAGAAUUAAACAAACAGACCCCGCACAGGAUUAAAUGAAUCAUUAUGCCCAACAUGGGGCUUGAACCCACAACCCUGAGAUUAAGAGUCUCAUGGUAGCCCAGCUGAGCUAGCUGGGCUACGUACUAUUUUAGUUAUGGAGAAUGAAUAAAUCCACACAAUUAAAUAAAUCCGCCCAACGGGGCUCAAACCUACGACCCUGAGAUUACGAUUCUCAAGAUCUACCAACUGUUUUGCAAUUAAACUUUUCAUUGCAUAGUUGUGGUGAGAGUGUAACAAUCAGAUGCCGCACAAAAUUAAAUCAUUACGCCCAACGUGUGGUUCGAACCCUCGACCCUGAGAUGAAGAGUCUCAUGCUCUACCAACUGUUUUGAAAUGUAACUUUUCAUUGGAUUGUUAUGGAGAGUGAAACAAUCAGAUUCCGCACGGAAUUAAAUAAUGUAUUACGCCCAACGUGGGGCUUUAACCCACGACCCUGAGAUUAAGAGUCUCAUGCUCUACCAACUGUUUUGAAAUUUAACUUUUCAUUGGAUAGUUAUGGAGAGUGAAAAAAUCUGAUUCCGCACGGAAUUAAAUAAGGUAUUACGCCCAACGUGGGGCUUGAACCCACGACCCUGAGAUUAAGAGUCUCAUGCUCUACCAACAGUUUUGCAAUUUUUCGUCGAUAUUUAUGGAGAGAAUGAAACAAUCAUAUCGUGCACGGCAUUAAAUCAUUACGCCCAACGUGGCGUUCGGACCCACGACCCUGAGAUUAAGAGUCUCAUGCUCGAGCAAUUGUCUUGAAAUUUAACUUUUCAUUGGAUCGUUAUGGAGAGUGAAACAAUCAGAUUCCGCACGGAAUUAAAUAAAGUAUUAUGCCCAACAUGGGGCUUGAACCCACGACCCUGAGAUUAAGAGUAUCAAGUUCUACCGACUGACCAUGCUGCGUUGCAAUUUAAAUUUUCAUUGGAUCGUCAUGGAGAAUGAAUCCGCACGGGAUUAAAUCAUUACGACCAACGUCGAGUUAGAACCCACGACCGUGUGAUUAGAGUCUCAUGCUCUACCAACUGUUUUGAAAUUUUACUUUUCAUUGGAUAGUUAUGGAGAGUGUAACAAUCAGAUCCCGCACGGAAUUAAAUCAUUACACCCAACGUGGGGUUCUAACCCACAACCCUGAGAUUAAGUCUCCUCUACCGACUAAACUGGCCAGGCUAUGAAUUCCAUUGAAACUGAGAUUUUCAUUGGAUAGUUAUGGAGAGAAUGAACCAUCCCGCACAGCAGUGUUCCCCAAACUUGGCACCGCGGACCGGUUUAGACCUGAGCCACAACCCUGAGAUUAAGUCUCACCUAUUCUGACAAAUGUCGUCAGGCUCUUAUGGGCUCAAAAACUGAGGUUUUUAUUGGACAUAAAUGGAAAAACAGGUGGCAAUGACAAAAUGUUGAGAACAUUUGAACUUUUUCAUUGACGACUGAAAAAGCGUGAGAAAAUUGACAGUGAAGGAAAAAGGGAGAUUUUCAUCAAACAGUUUUAAUACAUUUAAAAAAAAAUUGAUUUUCAUUGAAAAGUGAUGGUAAUUUUUUUUAUUUUUCAUUGGACAGUGAUGAAAACACUCCCUCCCACCCCCACAAUCCUCAGCAAAAAUUGAAUGGAUUCUACCUUGGCCCACAUACCACCGCCCAACAAUUACCUUCAAUAAUUCUGCCAACUGAAGCAGCAAACAAAACGACACUUUGCCCAUAACCUCCUUGGCAGAGGUCAUUAUAUUUACUUCAAAUUGUGUGUGUGUGUGUGUGUGUGUGUAUAUAUUUAAAUCAUGUUAGGUUACCUCAAAUUAAAUGGCACUUAAAUCCCAUUGUUGGGAAAUCUAUGGCAUCUUUAGUUGAUGCAAUUUGAACUAUGCAAAGACUUAUGAAGGCAAUAUUUCAUGUUGAGUGUAAAAUAAUGUUGCUGUAAUAAAUACCCAUGUUUUUAUUAAAUACAAAUUC